GAUAUAAAUAAAGCGGCCCGAUCAGUCAUUGUUAUGUUUACAACUCCGAAGCACACCUGACAUUUCAGGAUGGGUCAGAUGGCUAACUUAACACAAACGGUCAGUGUCUAGACGAACUGACAGAUGGAGGCACGACCUGAAAUACCGACAUUGCAACAACGGAAAGAUGGGGGCAUAUUCCUCGAACUGUUACAAACCUUGCAAAAUUUUUUUGCUGCAAUUUUUGUCGGCAUGUGGCGAUUUUUCGUCCCGCCACCAAGAAAGUCGGUGUUUGGAGAAAUUGUUUUAAUUACGGGUUCAGGAUCUGGAAUCGGUCGUCAGCUAGCCAGGGAGUUUGCCAGACUGGGGGCUGUAUUAGUUCUCUGGGAUAUAAACGAAACGUCAAACUCGAAAACAGCGUCCAUUCUGGAGGAAGAAUUCCACGCCAAAUGCUUCUCCUACACCGUUGACGUCGGAGACAAAAACCAAAUAAUAAAGACUGCUGAAAGAGUGAAGAGUGAGGUUGGAGAUGUUACCAUCUUAAUCAACAAUGCAGGAGUGGUAACGGGGAAAAAGUUGAUAGAUACACCAGAUAUGCUAAUUAGGAGAACAUUUGAUGUCAACCUCCUAGCACAUUUCUGGACGGUGAAAUGUUUUCUUCCGUCAAUGCUGAAAAGUAACCAUGGUCAUAUUGUGAACAUAUCCAGUUCUACAGGAUUAGUGGGGUUGAACAAACUGACAGACUACAGUGCGUCUAAGUUUGGUGUGGUGGGAUUUACAGAGGUGCUGAAUUACGAGAUCAUCUUCUCAGGUUACACAGGGGUUCACACCACUCUUGUGUGCUCAUCUUACAUCAAAACUGGCAUGUUUGCUGGAUGUGAAAUGAGAUUUCCAUGGUUACUCCCAGCUUUGGAGGUUGAGGAAACAGCCAAUAGAAUAAUGCAGGGAAUUCUAACCAAUCAAUAUAUUAUCUGUAUCCCACGACUAGUUUACUUUCUUACCUAUUUAAAGAUGAUCCUCCCUGUUGAUGCCUUUCUGGAAGUGGUCAGAUUCUUUGGUGCUGCAACAUUUAUGGACACAUAUGUUGGAAAAGAAGCCAACAUUUUAAUUCACCAAAAUGGGGCAUCAUAAAAUCCAAACCUAUAUGUCAUUGUUAACACUUUAAUUUAUGUUAGCAAAAGAAAUGGGAAGUCUGCAAUAUAUUGUUAUCAUUCUCCAGUGGCAAUAGCAUGUAGUUUGUUUUAAUGUCACUCUGUUGUAGAUUGAAAAUAUUGGUUCUGAGCUUUUGAAAAGAAUAGCAAUUUGUUGCUGGAAAAGUAUACUGUAUAUAUUGCUUUACAAACCAAGGUUUAAGGAAUGGCAAAAAUACAUGUUUAUUCUCUUUUGAAACAAUAAAUUGAAUGAUAGCAUUUGUACAUGUAUUAUGGAGCUAAACUAGUCUGGUUAGAUCACUGUUGUGUACAUAAACUCUUCUCUAAAAUCAGAAUAUGUUAUUCUUAGAGCACCUUGGUUGAUAUCUUCCAUUAUUUCGACAUUGCAGGAGUGAAAUAUUGAUGAAAUGAAAAUAAGAGAUAAAAUGUAAGGUACGGUGUACAAGUAUAUAGUUAAUGAAAUUAGAGAUUACAUAAGACAGAUAAGUAGUAUUGACUGUGAAGAGCUUAGGAAUUAAGUAAGGACAGAUGAGGACCAUAUUGUAUUGUUAUGGAUGAUAGAAAUUUUUUGUUGUUUGGAUCAUUAGUUGUCAGCUAUCCAAUAUUAAGCUUAGUAUUGCUUCAAGUUAUGUAUAAGAUUUAGAUUGCAUGACUGAUAUAUAUGGAGAUAAGGAACAGUAUUCGAGCUCAAAUGUACAUUAAACAAUACACAAUAGGAGUGGAGCAAACAAGAACCUCCAAAACAUCGGAGGUGGGAUCAGGUGCCAUGGAGGAGUGAGCAUCCCCUGCCAACCAGUCACACCCACCAUGUGCUCCUUGUCAGGGUCCAGAAAUAACGGAAAAUGACUGUAUAUUGUUAUUAUUUUCCCAUGUAUAUUUACAAUGCUUUUAUUAUAUGAAAUUUAAAACUCAAACAACAACAUCUGACAAUUUAAUUAAAUAUUGUGUUAUCAUAAGAAAUCUACAUAGUUAUGACAUUAAAAAACGACAUAAGAAAUUACAACCAAAUAGAGAUUAUUGCUGUUUUUAUGGUCAAUACAAUUAUCUACCUUUCUCUGUAGCAUUCACUGAGCCCAAAGACAAGACUUGAUAUGGUUGUUCAAUCAUUUUAUUUGAAUUAAGCAAAGUGUAGGUAUUAAGAAUAAUUGUCUUAUUGUGUGAUUCAUGAAUGAUGAAAUGAUACAAAUUUUUACAAUUUUUUUUAACAAACUUUGCCUUCUAGUUUGUUAAUUUCUGCUGAAGCCCUAUAGCUGAAGGCAGGUUGAGGUUUGGAAUUUCAACUGACAACAAAAACAAGCAAUCUUUUGGACAUAACUGACAAACAAAUUCAAUUUUAUAUUAACCUGUAAGAUCAGUUGUAGGUAGAUAUAACUUUAUAUUGUCCUGUUUAAAUAUGUUUUGAAGAAAGAUUUUUGGGAUAUUAGUCAGUGUUUUUGACUUGUAAGUCCCCAGUACAUUGUACAUGUAUAUUGUUGUUUGAUAUUGAUUUAAGCAAUAUGUGUAAAUAUAAAAUUGUGUUAUAUAUCAUAUAAUAUGUAUUGUAUAUCUUUUUAUGAUGUAAAUAAAUCUUGCAAAGAAGAGCACAGAAAUUGUUGAUUAUUGGCAAGUAAUAAAUUUCAUUGA